AUGGCCACACCGCCAACCGAAGGAGAAAUCAGAGUGGGUCCCGGCCAUCAGGUAAACGACAUCUAUGCAACAUUACCAGACUAUCAACCGAUCGAGAACUACCGCUCCGAGGACGAUGAAGAUCGCGACUUAGAGGAUCCGAGAUGGACACCCGGACUGUACAUUGAUAAUGAUUUGUUGAUGUACCUGACCGCCGCUCGUUCGAUAUCCGCCUUUCAGGGUAUGUGCGAGGAAGAUGGUUGUAUGGCAGCUAGUCGUGACGAUACAACUAUAAAUGCAUUUGAUGUUCUACACGACUCAGGAUACGACGCCGGCAAGGCUCUAGAAGCACUGCUAAAGUGUCCCGUCACGAAGGGAAUCGAGAAGAAGUGGACCGAGGAGGAAACGAAACGCUUCAUCAAGGGAUUGCGACAGUUUGGGAAGAAUUUUUUUCGCAUCCACAAAGACCUGUUACCACAUCGGCCAACGCCGGAACUGGUAGAGUUUUACUAUCUGUGGAAGAAGACGCCGGGGGCGAACCAGAACCGGCCCCACCGGAGACGACGGGCGAGUUCGCUCAGACGGCGCAACACACGGACGAACAGUAAUGCGAGCAGCACCCUGCCGAAUAGUAGCGGAAGCGGCAGCGGCAGCAAUAGCAACAGCAAGAAGGAACAGACCCCCGAGCGCACCGUGACGGAUACGGGCUCGUCCCGACCGUCGCCGAUCGGCAAGGAGGAGAACAGCUCCGUCACCGAGGACGACGUGAGCGAGUGUGACAGCGAUUCGAGCGCCAACAAGGCGUCCGCAGCUGCGGCCGCGGCAGCGGCAGCCACCAGCAACGGGACCGGUGUUGGAGGCAGCGGUGGCAACAGCAGCAGCAGUAGCAGCAGCAGUAGCAGCAGCAGCAGUAGCAGCAGCAGUAGCAGUAGUAGCAGCAGCAGCAGCAGUAGCAGCAGCAGCAGUAACGGAAGUAACGGCGGCGUCGGCGGUUCCGUCGGCGUCGGAGACUUUACGACGACGGCCAGCAGCGGCGGCGUUGGCGGGGGCACGGUCACCGGCGAGGAAUCUCCGUCGAGGAUGCGGACCCGCCAAAAGCCAACCAAGGAAACGAAUGCUACCAACGCGAAGCGACCGAAGCGCGGCGGUACGGAAACUCCGGAACAGCAGACGACCGGUGCCACCGGCGGUGGUGGUGGUGCUAGCGGUGGAAACGGUGGCGGAAGUCUGGACAGUCCGAAGACACCCAGCAAAACGACGGGAGGGAGUAGCAAUAGUACCGGUGGGAGUGGUGGUGGCGGAAGUGGCACCACCGGUGGUAGCAGCUCCUCAAAUGCCACCGGCCAGGCAGAUGGUGGUGCCGGUGGAGGAGGGAAACAUUCCUCUUCGGGUGGGAAAGGGAAAGGCUCCUCUUCCGUCUCUUCCGGGUCGGGCAAGACGGAGACGACACCCAGCAAGGGCAAGAAGCGUGCGAACGAGCUGGAAGUGGAUGGUGCCGAUGAUGGUAAGGAUGGACAGAAGCGAAAGCGCUCCGAUAGUCCUGCGGAAAGUCUCACAACGGACAGCCGGCCUGGGUCGGUGUUGGAUGAGAUCGAAUCGAACAGUGAAGCGGCCACGGAAACAAGCAUCGGCACCAGAACGACUGGUACGCCAACACCCGUGCACGAUCGUUUGCAAGGAAGCACGAAUGCAACCGGUGGCGUUGGUGCAGGAGCCGAUGGUAACUCUACCGGUGGUGGUAAGGACGAUGAGAAGGAUCCAUUGUCACUGGGGCCACCACACGCGGCCGAACCGAUGGUCACGGAAUCGAACGAAAACAGCAGUAGCAGCAGCAAUGCGACUUCCUCGACGGCUGCGAAAUCCUCCGGUGGUUCCGAAGACAAGGACGAUGAUUCAAACGCUGGUGCCACAGGAGCAGUUGUGGCUUCAGCGGUAGCGACAGUUCCAACGCCAGCCGAUGCAGCCAAGCUGCCCGAAACGGAAGACAUUACGCCGCCGUCAACGGCGGCACCAACUCCGGUUUCAACGCCAGCUCCACCAACUGCGGCUGGAGCGAUAGCAACGGCUGAUGGUUCCGAUUCCCACCAGGCGCCUCCAUCGGCGGAGGAGUCAGUAACGGCCAAUGGCACCAACGGUGGGGUUGGACCGCCGGUAGAUGUUAAAGCAUGUGUGAAUUCCCUCGGCGGUGGUUCGGUGCCUCCGUCGAACGAGCAGGAGAUGGCUACGAAGCUGGCCAACAUGAAACAGGAAGCUCCUGGUUCUGGUCCUGCAUCAGCAGUGGCCGGUGGUGGAGCAGCCGGUACACCAUCUUCGAUGGACUUCAACUCGAAGGAUGUUUUCAUCAAGAAGGAACCGAACGAUGAGUCGGCAGCUGGUGCAGCCGCUGGAGCUGUAGCUUCCGGUGGAGCUGGAGAACGGCCAGGUUCGGGAAGUGGUGCACCGGCUUCGGCAGCGACAGUUGGUGGUGCCAGUGAGCCGCAGGAUUUGAAGUUAAAGAUCGAGGUGAAAUCGGAAGCGAAACUCAUGCCUGUCGGUAGCGGUGCAGGAGGAAACGAUUCUGCAAAUCAGAGCGGCGGGGCCGCUCCGGGUUCCGACAUGAAGUACGAUCCGGAGAACCUUGUGAUGAAACCUUCGCCCUAUGAGCCACACAUCAAGUACGGCGGAAGUGGCCAUCCUGGGCUGGAUGAUAGCAUGAAGUACGGUGGCGAGCACAAGUACGGACCAUUGCCCCAUCACCAAGGUCCACCGGGAUUGCCACCAGGAGUGGAACCACCGGGAAUGAAGUAUGGUCCUCCUGGUGGGCUACAGGACGAACCACUUGAGUAUGAUAUGAAGCGCUACCCAGCGCAUGGUCCUCCGCCACCACCAUCGGAUGGUGGAGCACCGCUUCCGUUGAAACUCGGAGCACCGGGACCUCCGCCGGGUGUGCCAGGUGAACCACCGAACAUGGGAGCUGGCGGUCCUCUACCACCGGGAGCUCCGGGUCACAUGAAGCUCUCGCAGUACCCACAGGACUUGACAGGGUUGAAUCUGAAGUAUCCGCCUCCGGACGAACGCGCAAAGUUCGCUCCUUCGCCAGCUUCAGACAGUGGCAGUGGCAGCGGAGUUCCACCGCCACCACCCACCAUCGGCGGUCCAUUACCGCUCAUCCCGAAGAGUCACUAUCCAGACCCGGCGCAAUUGAGCAUGCUGCGGCAGCACUACGAGCACCACACGUUCAAGUACGAUCCGAUGGCGGCCGUAAAGUACGGACCUCCGGGUAUGCCACCUUUCGGAUUGCCACCCGGUCAACCUGGUCACCACCAUCCGCAUCAUCCGCUCGCUGGUUCGCUGCCCGGUCAGCCACAAUCACAACCGCAAGAUCUGAAGUACCUUCCACCGGAGGCCACCGGGAUGGGGCCACUAAAAUACCCGCCAUCGUCUUCAGCGGGUGACGCAUCAACACCGCCCAGCAGUGGUGGGCUCAAAAACAACAGUUUCUCGGCGGACAACCUCAUCAAGAGUAGUUCCUCGAGCAGUGGCAACGGCAACAACGAUUCGUCAAAUCCACUGGAUGUGUCGGUGUCGACCAGAUUGGCCGUUACGCCGAAUCAGGACAGUCAAGGAAGCAGCAGCAGUUCACAACCGACACCUCUGCAUGGUGGUGGCAGUGGAAGCAGUAUCGCUUCACCUCAGUCUGGUGGACCUCCGCCGGCGUUACCACCACACAGUGCCGCUUCCUAUCCGCCCCCGCACGGACCAUUGCCACCGGGUCAUCCGGGACAUAUCGUGAAUCCGGGUUUGAUGCCUACUGGAAUGCUUGGUGCUGGUCCCAACUCUUCACCGGUUCCACCAACGUCCCAGCCGAGUGGUGUACAUCCUCCACCGAUGGGUGGCCAUCCGCUAGGUGGACCACCGUUGGCUCAUCCCGGAUCGGCACCACCUCCACAGCUGUUACCAACCCCGCCCGGUGCGGCCGGUCCGUAUCAACCGAGCAAUAUGCACCGUGGAGGACCUCCGCCAUUACCGCCAACAUCUGUUCCAAAUUCGGCCGCGAUGGUAGUGUCCUCAGCACCUCCAACCUCCGCGACUGCUUCUUCCUCGUCGUCAUCCUCCGUCUCGUCGGUGACGUCGCAUUCACCCGCACCGAUGCGAUCUGCGGCCGAUAAUGGGCCGAUGGGAUUGCAACCGAUGCAUCAUCAUCGGUCGGAUCGUGAUCGGGAUCUAGUGCGGCCACCACCUGGUGCAAAUGACAUGCAACCGACACGGGCCUCGCCGAUCAAUUCGUUGCUGCAGGGCGUUCCGCCACCACAUGGUAUCCUCACGCAUCCACUACCGUUGCAUUUGGGCCACCCGGGAAUGCAGCUUCCUCCGCAUCAUCCAGCCGCACACCUGGCCGGACCGUUGGGACACGCCGGGUUGCUUCCUCCUGCGCUGGCGCACGGCGCUGGAAUUCCAUUGCUGGGAGGACCGACUCCUUCGGCCCUCGGAAGUCUGAUGGAAGUGGCGGGAGCCGGUCGGAGAUCACCUUCCUCUGGACCCGGAAGUCUCGCGCCUCAUCCACACCUUCCGCCAACGUCGAUGCACCAGUCGGUGAGCUCGCUGGCGCAGUCCCCGUCCACCCCGACUGGACCCGGUGGCGGACCACCGACGUCAUCAUCCGGAUUGAGUCGCGCCAGUCCCAACGUACCACCCGGUGGUCCGGGUACACCCGGAGGUUAUCCGGGUCCGGGGCAUCACCAUCGUUCCAGCUCUCCCGCCAAUUCGAAUAGUUCCGGCCUAAGCCGUGCCAGUCCCAUGCACCUCAGCCAUCAUCCGUCGACACCGGGUGGAGGAGGAGGAGGAAGCGGUGGUUCAUCGGCGGCCGCCGCCGCUGCAGCUGCUGCUUCGGCGGAACGUGACCGGCAGAUUAUGCGCCAGCAAAGCCCGCACAUGACACCUCCACCGCCAUCUUCGUCCGCACCGUCGGCCGCGCUCAUUUCGAGCCCGCUGAGCAAAAUGUACGGUGGACCCUCGGGCCAGAGGUCACCUCCACCAUCACACCCGUUCCGACCCGGUGCAUCCCCACCGGUCAUUCGACACCCGCAGAUGCCUCUACCUCUACCAAUGACGGGCCCGAUGGCUGGCAUUCCCGGUUCCGUUAUGCACGCCUCGCAGCCAUACCCGCUGAUGCACCCGUCGCUGUUCAACCCGCACCAUCACAAUCCCUUCUAUGCGCCGUACCCGUAUGGGCCGGCUUAUGGGCCUGGCUUUUCGUAUAUGAAACCCGGUGGCUCUCCGCUCGACAAUCCGAUGCUGCAUGGGCACCCAACGGCCAUACCACCUCCUCGACCGGAAGAUGCACCCGGUGCGGGCGGGCCGGGUGGUGGCAUUCACGGGAAUGCUGGCGAGAAGUCAAAGUCAUCCGGAGGCAGUGGCAGCAAAUCGCAACAGCCACAAACCUCGUCCUCUUCGACGUCAUCCUCGGGUUCGUCGCUUUCUGGGUCGGGUGGAAAUGAUCGAUCGAAGCAGUCUUCUGCGUCUGGCGGAAAUGGAGGACCUGGUGGUGGCGCUGGUGGACAUUCGAACUCGUCGAGCCAAAGUGGUUCCUCGGGUGGUGGUCCUCCCGGUAGUGGAGGACCCGGUGGUCCGGGUCGAGGUGGACCAUCACCUAGUGCUGGUGGUCCGGGAAUGGUCGGUAUGCCGGGAGGACCUCCCGCGGGUCACCCACUCAGUGGGAGCCCAUUCCAUCCGGCGGGUGUUCCACCGCACCACCACUCCCCAUACGGUCCACCGCAACCACACAAUCCGUUUAUCGAAAAUCAGCUGCCACCGGUGGGUGGAGGCAAACCGACGAGUCACAUGGAUGCGUUGCGAGCACAUGCUCACGCAGCAUCCGUUGCAGGCCAUGGUCCACCUCCGGGACACCAUCCGCAUCAUCAUCCUGGACAUGGACCACCAGGGCCACCGCCCGGGCAUCAUCCGGCACAUCCGAGUGAACCGGUCCACAUCGAAACGCUUGACAUCGAUCCGGAUCCGGAACCGCCUUCGCCUGUCCAUGACAUGAACCGUGGGCCAAGCCCCGAAGCCAAACCCGACGACACCGAGUGCCAUCGAUCACAGUCGGCUAUCUUCGUUCGACGUUGCGAUCGUGGUGAUUACAACUCCUGUACCCGGACGGAUCUCGAGUUUAAGCCAACACCCGACUCCAAGCUCGCCCGUAAGCGAGAGGAACGUGACCGAAAGUUGGCGGAAAAGGAGCGCGAGCGGAAAGCGCAGCAAGCGGUACAGGCACAACAUCAACACCAGCAGCAGCAACAACAGCAGCAACAGUCGCAUCAUCCGUCAAUGCCACCACAUCCGCAUCAACCUCCGCCGUCACACCCGCAUCAUCAACCACAUCCGAGUGUAGCGGCACAUCAGCAAGCAGUUGCAGCAGCCCAAGCGCAACAUCAAGCAGCUGCGGCAUCGGCGGCAGCAGCAGCAGCGGCUGCCGCCCAGCAACACCAUCAUCAACAGCAACAGGCCGCUCAGCAUCAAGCACAGCAGCAGGCGCAACAACAGGCCCAACAACAAGCGCAGCAGCAAGCCGGCAAACCGGGCGGUGGUGGUGGUCCAGGUGGACCGGGACCGGGUGGGCCUCCGGGUGGACCUCCACCACCUGGUCAUCACCCAGGACAUCCGUCUCCGGGUCAGCAAUCGAUGAAACCGGAUAUCAAACCGUACCCAGACACUCCGGCGUUACGGCAGCUGUCCGAGUACGCUCGGCCACAUGUUGGCUUCAGUCCCGUGGAGACGAUGGUUCCGCCACCAUACCAUCCACUUUACAAUAGAGAAAGGGACAUCUUUUUUAGGGAAUUCGAGGACCUCAAGAACCAGCAAGCCAUGGGCCCGACCCGAUUGGACCCGCACUGGAUGGAGUACUAUCGCAUGAGAGGGAUGCAUCCAUCACAGUUCCCGGCGCUCUACGGAAAUCCUGCUGCAAUCGCCCAACUCGAACGGGAACGAAUAGGCAUGCCACCGCAUCCUGUUGGGCUGGAUCCAUCCGAUCCGAUGUUACGCUUGGCUGGUGAAUAUCACGCACACUCCCAUACGCAUUUGCACUUGCAUUCGCAACAGCAGCAAGACUCGGCGGCAGCGGCGGCGGCGGCAGCGGCAGCGGCGGCAGCUGGUUUUCAACUACCACCCAACGUUCCCCCAUAUCCGCGACCGAAUGUUUUAAUGCCAAGGGAUCCCCAUUCGGAGGUGCUUUUGCGUAUGUCCUAUGAUCCACUACAGGCCGCUGAAUUCCAACGACAAAGUGCAUUAGACAGGGCCCAUUCGCUGCAUGAGCAGUACCUGAGGCAACACGAACGUGAGAUGAAAGUGCGAGCGCUUGAAGAAGCAGCACGAGGUGGCAAACAUUAG